UCUACUUUAUAUUGUUCCCUCUUCCUUCUCCUACGUUACUGCAGAAUAUGUCUUACUACUUCCAUUAUCACCACCACCAUCAUUGUCAAUUCUCACCGUUAUUCAUGUUUCCACUGUUUUUUUAGUUUAUCUGCUGACUAACCUCAUAAACAUGCAUCGGACUAUUGAAAAACAGUUCAAAUUUGCGUAUUCCAAUGGGGCAUCUGAAUCAACAAUGUGUGCUAAUAUAACCAUUCCUUCAAGUCAGAAGCUUGAAAGUUUGGUUGCUCGUUUGAUGAAGUUGAAUGGGCUUCCUUGUUAUGUUGAAGACAGCUUGAAGAACUCAUUGGACUCUUUCAUUUGUGAAGAAACCAAGAAUUUAUACGACUUGGAUGGUGAAGCUGCUCUUAAUCGAGUGAAAUCUGGAGAAGUGUCAGCUGAUGACUUGGUCAAAAAAUGGACAAAAGCAUUCACUCAGGAAGUGAAAGAAUUUGCUAAACCAGAAGAAGUAACAAAUGAACAAGUUUUCUCUGAAGUCUAUCACACUUUGAUCCAUUCUCCUGCUUUAGAGACACUUUUAAACUUGGAACAUUCGUAUGCUAUGGACAUUGAAAAUAUCACUCAAAAUCGUGAUGAGGAUAUCGCACACUUAGAGAACAAACAGCAGAAAGAAAUGGAAGAUGCUCUUCAGAAAGCCGGAACAGUAUACACGGAUGAACAAAUAAACCAAAUUGCACAACAUCAUUUUGAGCAAACACAGGUUGUGAACAGUAAAUGGGCUAGUGAACUAUCUAAUCGACAUGAAACACAGAAACGUGAAUAUAGAAACUGGGUCAUGAAGGUUCAUGAAGACACACAAGCCACUGUAGGAUCUCCCCAUCCAGUUCGUCGUGUGCGGGCCAUGACUGCCUCAGCACUGCCUGAAGCAGAAGAAGAUGAAAGAAUCGGACGGUCACGAAUUCGGUUAGAAGAAAGUUUCACCAUUCACCUAGGGGCACAAAUGAAGACAACACACAACUUGAGGCUUGUGUGUACAGAUAUUCUUGAUCUCUGUCGUCAUAAACCCCAUACAGUUGGUGGUGUGAUCAUUCCUGAACCGCAGCGUUUGCAGACUGCUAUGUCGUUAUAUUCAAACAACUUGUGUGGAUUGGUGUUCUUGGUUGAUAAUCGACUAAAUUCAUACACUGGCAUCAAACGAGAAUUUGCUCGUGUGUGUGAUCAAGCAACAGAUUUCCAUUUUCUUGAUCUGGAGCAGCAGUUUGCCCUAAUAGAAUCUCAGAUCAGUUUAGCUAAUGACUGGAGUAUGCUGAGAAAGUCUUCUGAUCCAGAGGCAGUUGAAUCAACAAGUGUAAAAAGUUUUGGCAGCAGCAACAGCGAUGGUCAGGAUAAAACAUCAAAACUACAGACAGGAGAUGUAUAUAUUACGAAACAUUCCAAUCUAUCUGAAGUUCAUGUCAUGUUUCAUUUAGUCGUAGACGACAGUGUUCGGUCACCAGAAAUCACAUCCAGGCAUCCUACCAUCCUAUCUCUUCGUAACAUCCUGAAAGUCUGCUUCCGAUAUGACAUUCUUACACUUACAAUUCCACUACUGCUUUCACAUGAAAUGACUGAAGAAAUGACUGUUUCUUGGUGUUUGAAACGUGUUGAGUUAAUAUUUAAAUGUGUAAAAGGUUUCAUGAUGGAGAUGGCAACUUGGGGUGGCCUUGAAUCACGGACAAUUCAAUUCUUAGUGCCACCGGGAAUGUCAGAGGAAAUGUUUGCCAACAUCAGCAACAUGCUUCCAAGUAUUUUCCGACUAUCUAAUCCGCUUGUUGUGAAAUCAGUAUAACUUUAGUCCUUUAUUAAUAUUAUUGUUAUAAUAAUAACUGUAACAUAAGUGCUAAGCUCUUGGUAAACUCAGUCCACAUGCUAGUUUUGCUUCUUGGUUGAAGCUAUUUUACUUUACGCUCAUGUCAUUUAAAGCACGAGCAUCACACAACCUCAGUGUCUUUCCCUAAAAAUUUGAGGUCAUGUGUCUAUUAUUGCAAUCAGUAUCAUUGUAAUGAUUGUGAAAACAAAAGAUUAGCUCCCCAAGCUGAGUUUGCAAGCCAGUUUCAGUUCCCAGAUCAUUUACACAGCCUUUGGAUAAAUGGAAGAAUGACAUGACUUCAUAUUUGCCUUUAUAUCAAAUGAAAAAGAAAUGAAUAUUAUAGUAAUUAAUAAUACAUCUAAAUUGUUUGCUGUAAUAUUUGGGUCGAAAUUAAAAUUAUUUUAAUUGUAUUUCUAGUAAU